AUGAAAAUCAAAUCGCAAAAUAUAUAUAUAUCACUAAUAGAAUUCAAAGAUCUCAAAACAAAUCAAUAUCGAAGAGUUCGAUAUUUAGUUGAAGCAAUGGCAGUGAGAAAUUCGACAACUUUCUCAGAGUCGAUGUUACCGUCGGCGAGAGAGUCAAUAUCGAAUAUAUCAUUCGCUAGCGCCAUAUUAUGGUUUGCACUGUGGAUCGGAUUCAAGCUUUUAGAUUGGUUUAUACUUUGUCUUCCGACUAUAGUUUUGAACUUAUUUUCCAUAAACUUUGAUAUAAAGUUAUCUAUGGCUUCCCUUAUGGGAAUUUUUCUAGUUCUAAUGAUGUUUUGCUACGUUCUUUUAAGGUACAAGUAUUUGACUGGAUUUUCAAAGAAUACAACUCCUGAAGGCGAGAAGCCCAAGAAAAACUUGGACUUGGUGGGAUCCGUUACGAAAAGAAAGAAUCCGAAGUCGAAAUCUUCAAAUUAUUUGAAAGAGUUUUUAAGUGCUAUUAAAGUUUUUGGAUAUUUGGAAAGACCAGUUUUUCAUGAAUUAACGAAGAAUAUGACCACUCAAAAGAUAUCAAAAGAUGAAAUUAUAUGUCUUGAUGAAAACUUGGGCUUUCUGAUGGUAGUAGAUGGUACACUCCAAAUCUUUACAAAAUUGGAAGAGGGUACGAAGCCUCAAUAUCUUAAUGGUGGUGACGAUGAUUACGAGAAAGACGGUAUUUUAGUGAUCGGUGAUGAGAGAUAUCAUUUAUUAAAUGAGGUUAUCAGUGGGUCACCAUUAGGAAACUUGAUUAACACAUUAGAUCUCUUUAAGCCCAAGUUUUGGAGAUCGAAUUCUGCAUUAAAUUCAAAUUACAGCUUUUCAGGCCCCGCGAGUCCUUCGAGAAGUUAUCUAAGCCCGGACACAACUGGUGUGUCUCCAUUCGAUAAUUUGCGUCUGGAUCCACUGAUAAUGUUCAAGCUGGCCCUAGAUAGUUUGCCCGAUAUUGUGGCACGUCCCAAAUCUGGUGAUGGAAAUGAUGGAGCAACUAUUGCAAUUAUACCAGCGCUGGCUUUUCAAGCGGUUCAAGCGAUGCAUCCAAAAGCUACAUCACAUAUUGUGACCAUUGUUUUAACCCGAUUAUAUAAGGUAACUAUGAGCACUAUUCACAAUUACUUGGGAUUGACUCGCGAGAUCAUCGAAAGUGAAAUCAGAUUAAACGAUAUCGAUGAAAAUGAAAAUACGUUGCCCAGCUAUUUAUAUGAAGGUGUCAUGAAGCGUUUUUACGGGAAUCAAGGUACUAGUGUCAUGAAACGCCUGGGAAGUUACCAAAUUCCGGAGUUAAAGAAAACGAGUAGUAGUAUUGGUAUAUUAGAUAAGGGAAAGUCAAGGUAUGUUGCUUUGGACUCGAGAUCAAAAUCUACACACCCUGGAGAUCUUUUGUCAUCUGUGCCAUUGUCGAGAAGGCCUGAAAUUUACCAAUCACCUACUGCUGAUCUGGAAAGUUCGCCUGCUUCACGUCCAAGAACAAGAUCCUUCACUAAUAUUAAAUUGACAACUCCAACUGACACGAAAAGAAAUGAUUCACCCAGUGAUAGAUUGAAGAGCAUAAAAGAUAGAACAUUCUCAGAUGAAAGAGAAGAAACAGAAGAAACAUCAUUGAGAAUUGCAAUCGUUGAAAAUGUGUUUAAGCUUUUAGGCAUCUAUGACAUUUUUGACAUUCUUGAUGAUUUCAGAAAAGCAACAUCUGAUCAUUCUUCCCCAAGUUCUUCUAUGGUGGGCUUAUCAAGCCUACUGUCCGGUGGUAAGUUGGGUUAUGGACAUUAUGAUCCAACUGCAUCAUUUCUAAGGUCGGAUUCUAUUAAUAGUCUUGCCUCUUCUCUUGGAAAAGGAAGUGCCUCGAACAAUCCUAAGUUCUACAAGACCCUUAACCUGUCACAAUUAAGCACUAUAAAUUCUCGAGGCUCAAAUGCUGAUCAAAUACAAAGAAUACUAAAUCAGGAUAGAAUUCGUUCAAAUGGUCCUGGAAUGCUUAGUCUGGAGGAUAUUUAUAGAAAUAUUAAAAGUGAAUUCUCCAAAGCGUUGGAUAUCAAGUACAUACCACCAAAUACGACUUUGGUGGAGCAAAAUUCUUUUAAUUCCGGCUUAUAUUAUGUAAUUGAUGGAUCUUUGGACGUUCUGUAUCGUCUAGUUAAUGAUGAUUCCAAAUCCAAAAAACUCUAUACAGUAAAAUCAGGAGGGUUAGCAGGAUACUUGACAUCAAUCGUAGGGUUUAGAUCACUUGUGCUGAUAAGAACUAGCCAAGAAAAGGGAGUGAUCGCUGCACACAUCUCGAAGUCAAAUUAUUCAAAAUUGAUGGAUAAAUUUUACUUCUUGCAACUUCCGGUAGCUUCCAAGUUGAAAUCUUUACUCUCGAAGCAGAUUUUAACUAUUGACUAUGCAUUAGAAUGGUGUCACAUUCCUGCUGGGCAGGUUCUAUGUUCCCAAGGUGACCUUGCGAACGGUUUUCAUAUUGUGCUAAGUGGAAGAUUCAGAGUUAUAAGGUACAAUAAACCAGAUGAUACAGAGGAUGGGGCUCAUUUUCAUGACUACAAUAAUAAUUUAAUUGAUGAGUCCUCUAAUAAAAAACAUCUUCAUGGCAAAGCCAAAGAUAAUUACGAGGUACUUGGAGAAUAUGGGCAUGGAGAGUCUAUCGGUGAACUUGAGGUAUUAACUGCUUCUAGAAGGACUAAUUCAUUGGUCGCAGUAAGGGAUUCGGAAACUGCAAGAAUCCCUAGGACACUUUUUGAGCUUUUAUCUUUGCAUAAUUCGUCUAUCAUGGUUAAAGUUUCGAGAAUUGUGGCAAGCAAAGUUUUGUCGAAGGAAAAUUCUUAUGAUGAACGUUCUAGGAUGGCAUCGAGUCAACCAACUACUAGUCAAUCAGAAACAUCGACAGAUUUCAAAACUAUCACCAUUCUACCUACCGUUGAUGGUUUACCUGUCAGAGCAUUCGCAGACAGAUUAAUGUCUGCAAUGAAGGAAAUUGGACGUAAAGUAAUAGCACUUGACCAAGCUUCAACGUUGAUACAUUUGGGACGCCAUGCCUUUGAUGAUCGUCUCGCUCAUUUGAAAUUGUCGGGCUAUUUUGCUUACUUAGAAGAAGAAUAUGAAACUAUUGUGUACGUUUGUGACACACCUAUUAAAUCUAACUGGACCGCAACAUGCAUAUCACAGGGUGAUUGUAUAUUACUUCUUGCGGAUGCCGAUGAUGAAGAGACUGCUGCAAACGUAGGGGAUUACGAAAGAUUGCUCCUAAAACUAAAGACUACCGCAAGAGCUGAUCUUUGCUUAAUACAUUCUGACAAAUACGUGCAACCUAAGUCGACAAGGAUAUGGCUUAGAAAUAGACUUUGGGUACAUUGGCAUCAUCAUAUUCAGAUGGAAAUUAAAAAGAGCAAACAUGAAGAGCAUAAAAAGGUUGCUAGCAUAAUAAGUGAUAUUGCUGCGAAAAUCAGCAACAAGACGAAUCCGAAUAUUAAAAUGAAGCUUGAAAAUGUCAAGUCAAAGGCUGUGGAUUCACUCAACAAACUUAACCUGAGGCUACAUAGAAGGGAACAACAUUUCAAAGCGGGCCAACUUCACAAGAAUGACUUUUUAAGACUUGCGAGGAUUCUAUCUAAUGAAGCAGUGGGCCUUGUUCUUGGUGGCGGUGGGUCUCGUGGUAUAUCUCAUGUGGGAGUUGUAAUGGCUUUGGAGAAACAUGGCAUUCCAAUCGACAUUAUAGGUGGAACGUCGAUUGGAUCAUUCGUUGGUGGCUUGUACGCCAAAGAAUAUAACCUUGUAUCGAUAUAUGGUAAGGUGAAAAAGUUCUCCCAUAGAAUUUCUUCUUGGUGGAGGUUGGUGUUUGAUUUAACUUAUCCAGUGACAUCAUACCUAACAGGGUAUGAAUUUAAUAGAGGAAUUUGGAAAGUAUUCGGGUUUAGUGAAAUUGAAGAUUUUUGGAUCAAGUAUUUUUGUAAUUCUACAAAUAUUACAAACUCGACGAUGGAAAUUCAUGAGACUGGUUACCUGUGGAGGUUCAUCAGAGCUUCAAUGUCGUUAGCUGGGCUUCUUCCACCGAUAGCAUUCAAUGGAAGUAUGCUCUUAGAUGGUGGGUAUUUGGACAAUUUACCGGUGAUGGAGAUGAAAAAAAAAGGUGCGAAGUAUAUCAUAGCAGUGGAUGUUGGUUCAGUCGAUGAUCGAACCCCUAUGGAUUACGGUGAUACGCUUUCUGGCUUUUGGGUUCUCUUAAAUAGAUGGAAUCCUUUUUCUAAACACCCGAAUGUUCCUAAUAUGAUGGAUAUUCAGAUGCGCUUAGCGUAUGUUGCUAGUGUUAAUGCAUUGGAGCUAGCAAAAAAGACGCCUGGAGUGAUAUACAUGAGGCCUCCAAUUGAUGACUAUGCAACACUUGAUUUUGCUAAAUUUGAAGAGAUAUUCCAUGUUGGUUUUGCUUAUGCAGAUACUAUUUUAACGGAAUUCAAGACAUAUGGUAAACUACCACCCAUUGCUGGUUUGGUAGAUAAGUCAAAAGUCAAAAUUGGCGACUCGGAGAAACGACUUUAUAGAAGAAACUCUAUUUAA